AGAAAGCCAGGAUCCAUGAAGACUACAGUUGAUGACUUUUAUCCGGUUCCCUUCCGAGAUUUUAUCCUGAGUAUCAUCAACAGAAACUAUCCCAAUGCGCACUGGGAACCUUUCUUCAGUCUAUGUUCUCCCUGUCAGGUUAAAUACGACUUCAUCGCUCAUACCGACACCCUGGCAGAAGACCUUCGUCUGUUCUUCCACAAGAUUGGUGUUGAAGGGAAGGACGGCAUUCUCCCGAGACAACACCCCACACGGGCUAGAACGGGCUUCGGCAACACCUUCCGACAGGUCCCGACGGAGGACAUACGUCAUAUCGGGGAAAUUUACAAACCGGACUUCGAGAUGUUCGGAUACUCGUUUGAAGAAGACCUUGCCAUUAUUGAGCGCGAGAAGAGGGACGCAUUAAAACAAGAUAUUUCAGUUCAGUGAUUAGUCAAAAGUCAAGAUUUAGCCAAACUUAGAGUCUCUUGCUCUAAGGCUUCAGAAAUCGGUAAUGCAGUAAAAUAAUUUGGACAUAACAGAUCAGAGUGUAAUGAAAUAGUAUGGAGUGAGACAGCCAAAGGAAAAGAAAUGAAACAAAGGUAAUAAGAUCGCUGUAAGAGCAUUGCAAUGAAUUAUACAUGAGUAGACGUUAUAUAUGUGAUUUGUCAUGCCAUGGAACUAAUAGUUUCAAAAGACACUGCCUUUACAGCAAUUUUGCGAUAAAUCGUGUUGAGACAAACUUUACAUAAAAUUGUAAUAAAACAUUAGUCAGUUCAUUCUUAUGUAAGUAGGUACAAUCAUGUUUCACGUAAUGAGUUAUUCACAUUCCUCGAAUCAAAUACAACAGAUUUUAAGAGACUUAAUGCUACAGAUAGAUUUGAUUAUGAUAUUCAGAUGUAACAACUCCCACAAUGCUAAAUUAGGUAAAUAUAUA